CCAAAGCAAAAUAAACUUUAAUUCUUGGUAGUUACGGACAAAUAUUGUAUUUGCGUUUUGUAUUAGAGACAUAAGAAUGAAUAUGAAAAUUUUCUGAAAUCUCAAUCAAAACAAAACUAUAGUUGCGCUAACACGGAGUGUUUACUUGCUCAGUGGUUGCGUUAAUAAUAAAUUAAUAUAAAAAGCAUAGUUAAUUGGUUGAACAUAGUUUUUGUAUAUCCCCUCUAGAUUCAUGAAGAGAUUGUUUUGCGUAUUUACGGUUAUCUCCGAGCAGAAACAGAUUAUCAGCAAGAUGAAAUUGUUAAGUGACAUGAAAGACUGGAAAUUUAAGGAGCCCCCUGUUUAUUCAGAGCUUCCUAUAGAUAAAAAUCCCGAGUACAAUGUGCCGAUGGCCGUAAAAAAUGCUGUGUUUUCUAAGGUACCAACAGAACCAUUGCAAGGUAAACUACACCUUGUGUGUGCAUCAGAAGACUGCUUAACAAAUGUACUGGACUUAGACCCAGCAGUUGCUGAGACAGAAGAGUUCAUUGACUUUGUGGCUGGGAAAUAUUUACCCAAAGGGGGCUUGAGUGUUUCUCAUAGAUAUGGAGGUUACCAGUUUGGCUUUUGGGCAGAUCAGUUGGGUGAUGGAAGAGCUCACAUUCUUGGCGAAUAUGUAAACAGCAAGGGUGAAUCCUGGCAACCCCAACUGAAAGGCUCUGGUGAGACCCCGUACUCUCGUUUCGGCGAUGGACGUGCUGUCCUACGGUCUUCAAUCAGGGAGAUGGUAGCAUCUGAAGCUUGCUACUUCCUGGGGAUACCGACCACACGGGCUGCAGCUUUGGUGGUGAGUGAGGAUCACAAAGUAUGGCGGGACAAGUCGUACAGCGGUCACGCGCGUCAGGAACGCGCCGCUGUGGUGAUGCGACUGGCGCCGUGCUGGUACCGACUCGGUUCCUUGGAGAUCCUGGACAAGAGGAAGGAACCGGGGACCAUGAGGACUUUAGUGGACCAUGUCAUUAAGCAUUACUAUCCCCACAUCGAGAACGAGCAAAACAAAUAUGUGGCGUGGUAUUCCGAAGUGGCAUUGAAGAACUUGGACAUGGUGGCGACUUGGCAAGGCUACGGUUUUACGCACGGCGUUUUGAACACAGACAACGUGAGCGUCCUAGGUUUAACCAUAGACUACGGACCGUACGGCUUCAUAGAUCACUACAAUCGGCACUAUGUACCCAACACUUCGGACGACAUGGGCAGAUAUGCUUAUUAUAAACAACCCGAGAUAAUCCUAUGGAACUUGGAGAAGUUCGCCGCUGCGAUGGAGCCCAUAUUGUCAGAAGACGAGAAACAGAAAAUCACUGAGUUCAGGAGCACGUUAGAGGAAUACGCCAGAAAGAAAGUUCUUGAAACCUACCUCUUGAAAUUGGGCCUGCAAGAAAACCACGACGGUGAUGAUGGUCUUGUCCAAGACUUGUUGCAGUUAAUGCAGCAGACUAUGGCAGAUUUUACAUGCACCUUCAGGCAACUUGGAGAGGUGGAACCGAAAGAAUUAUUGAAUCAGACUGUGGUGCAAGAGAAAUGGUCAUUGUCCAAGGUUUCCGCAGCCAAACAGUGGUCUGCGUGGGUCACAAAAUAUCAGGAGCGAUUACAUAAGGAAAACGUGACAGAAGAAGAUCGGCGCGUGCGCAUGUCAAAUGUCAAUCCGGUUUAUAUUCCCAGGAAUUGGAUACUGCAAGAGGCAAUCGCUGAUGCGGAAAAUAAUGACUUUGAAAAGGUUAGAUUCCUCAUGAAGCUGUUCAAAAACCCUUUCGUAGUGAACGAAGAAGCUGAGAAGCGUGGGUACUCGGCUCAACCUCCCAGUUGGUCUUACGGCCUUAAACUAAGCUGUUCUAGUUAACAUAUUAUUGAAGUAAAUGAAAAAUCAAAUAAAGACAACAACACGUACAAAACACUUUAUAGUACACCACAGAAAACAUUACAUUUAUCAUAAAACUAAUUAAAACUAGUGUAACGAACAAAACCACAGACAAAUAACAUUGUGUAAUAAACGAUUUAGUAUGUAAAAUUGCUACUGCACAGGCAUCCUAGGUAGCAGCAAAAUUUUUGAGCGAAACCACAAACAAAUAACCUUGUGCAAUAAACGUUUUAGUAUGUAAAAUUACUACUUCGCAGGCAUCCUAGGUAGCGGCAAACUUCUUGACCAAAACCACAGACAAAUAACCUUGUGCAAUAAACGUUUUAGUAUGUAAAAUUGCAACUGCGCAGGCAUCCUAGGUAGCGGCAAACUUCUUGAGCAAAACCACAGACAAAACAACCUUGUGCAAUAAAUGUUUCAGUAUGUAAAAUUGCUACUGCGCAGGCAUCCUAGGUAGCGGCAAACUUCUUGAGCAAAACCACAGACAAAUAACCUUGUGCAAUAAACGUUUUAGUAUGUAAAAUUGCUACGCGCAGGCUUCCUUGCCUAUUGGUCACUACUCAAGAGGUUUGCCAAGAUUGAUUGUAAGCUUACAAAAUAAUUAUCUACUGUGAUUAUUUGUUCUUGUUAUUAUGAAUUUAGUGGAUGGCUGAUAUAAUAUAUGGGUCUGGUUGACAGGAAUAUUAAAUAUUUCUUUUUUAAUUUUAUGAUUAUCAACUAAGAUUAAAUAUUAUUUUAAUUAUGACUUUAUGUCAGUUUAAUUUUUUUAGCAUUUAGCUACUACAUAAAUGUUUAAAUCUGAAGAAAUUUUUAUUAAAAAAAAAUCCACACGGACCAGGCAGCAGACGGGACUCGAACCCGCACCCUCCGCUAAUAGAUUAAAAUACUAGCAUUUAUGAAUAUAUGUUUAGAAUUAUGAUUCAAGAAAUGAAGUGAUAAGUAGUUACAAUGUUUGUAAGUUUUUUUGAUUUUUAUAAAAUUUUACUGUUAUGAUUUCUUAAUAAUAUAUAUUUUUCUGUUACCUACUUGUAUUUUCAUUUAUAUUUAAUAACACAAUUCUAUUUAUAGAUUUUAUAUUGUAAAUUCCACAUAAUGUUUUCUUAUUACUACAGUAUAACAAAAACUUAAUUAUCUUUCUUUAGCAAUAAUAAAUACAAAAAAAAUAUAGUUGUUAUUCAUAAUCUUCAUCAGCACUGUCAUCUGGUUCAGAAUAGUCUUCAUCCAUUUCAAGUUUCCUCUUUUUCUUUUGUUGGACAUUCUCCUUAUCUUCUUCUUUUGCAUCUUCAAUCCUAGCUUCAGUUUUAGCGGAUCGGUGAUGAAACACAAAUGAUAUAGUCUUUGCCAAGUCCCAGCACUGUUUCAAAACUAUAUCAGCCAAACUCUUUUUAUCGGCACAGUGAUACCAAUUUGAUAAAUCUGAAGUGCAAUCUGAAUUCUCUGGUGGCACUGUCACUUGUAUGUUAUUUACACAUCUCUUACAUUUGAAUUUGCUGUGUGUGUCUGAGAGUGUGUUUUCUUCUAAACGGAACAGAUCUUUCAAGUCAUCUGAGGUGAAAUGACGUAAAGACUCCUCGUUUUGAUCAACAACCGUAUCACUUAAGGCUUUCUUAUGGGCUUGCCUUUGGAAUAUCUUUUCCUCAAUUGUACCUGUGGCUAAUAACCUAUAAAUAUAGCAAGGCUUCUUUUGACCAUCACGCCACACUCUAGCCAUAGCUUGGUCAUCAUUAGCCGGAUUCCAGUCAGGGUCAAACAUAAUCAAACGGUUUGCACCAAUGAGAUUCAGUCCACAGCCUCCAGCUUUGGAACUAAGCAUGAAGAUCCACUCUUUAGAGUCUUUACUGUUGAAGCUUUCAACAACUUUAGCUCUCUUUUUAAUGGUCAUAGAGCCAUCUAAUCUAACAUAAUUGUAAACUCUUUUUCUACAUAGUUUCUCAAAAAGAUCUAGUGUUUGUGUGUAGUUAGACACAAGGACAAUCUUGUCAUCUGUAUUAGUCUUAAGAUUAGCUAAUAUGCAAUCUAAUAUCAUCAGUUUGCCAGAAUACUCUGGUUUGACAUCUUUGAUGUCGUAAUUGCUUGGCAACAAAUCCUUGGCUUUCUCAAAACCUUCAGAUCUUUCUAUAAUUUUAUCGUACACAAGGUCUGGGUGAUUGCAUAGCUUUUUCAGAGUUGUAAUACUAGAUAAGGCACUGAGAGUGUUCUUCUCACCAGUACCAGAGAAUUUGUUACGGAUUGCAUCUGAGUUUAUGAAGUUUUUAUAUAUCUGAGUCUGAAGGGGAGUCAUUUUCACACAAAUGACUUGUUCAAACUUCACAGGUAAGUACUUAGUGAGCAAAUUACUUGUCCUUCUUAUCAUGCACUUGUUGACAAUAGAAGUCAAUGUUUGCAGACAUUCCUGAGCUCUUUCUCGUUCUUGUGGUGUUGCCAAAGCAUCUUGACCUUUUAAAAUAGGGUUUUCAUACCUCUUCUUGAAUUCAUGUGCGGUACCAAGUAUACCUUCAUUUACAAAAUGAACAAGACUAAAAUAUUCUGUUAAGUCAUUCUGUAUAGGGGUACCAGAUAUUAAAAUCCUUCUCUUAGCUUUUAAACCCAUUAAAGCCUGAUAUGUUUGGUUUUCACUGUUUUUUAAUCUGUGUCCUUCAUCACAGAGCACCAGUCCCACCUCUGAUGAAUGUAAAAUGUUAGAAUAUAUUCUAAAUGUUUCAUAUGAAAUUAUCAGUACAGGCGUUGCUACCCGUGUGGCCGAGUAUGUGUUCAUAAAUUGUUGCAAUUUUAAUGUAAUUUCUGCUUUGGAGCCUCCAUCCAUGGGUAAUGCAUUUAUUCUUUGGGCAAGCCACUUAUGAAUUUCGUUAUACCAAUUUUUUACUAAACUACUGGGGCAAACAAUUAUAGCUUUACAAAUAGUGGGUUUGCAGUCUGGCCCUUGUCUUAAUAAAGUCCACAACAAUGUUAUACACUGGAGUGUCUUUCCAAGUCCCAUUUCAUCAGCCAUGAUGCACCCAUAAGCGUUUUCUAUUUGCUUUCCAGUGACACAGUCGUACAUAAACUUUACGCCUUCGCGCUGAUGAGGUCGAAGUAUAUUGCCUAGAACUGGGUCUACUACAACUGCAACUCUUAUGUCAUUUGGACUCAUCUUCAUUUUCUCGUGUUCGGGAAUAUGAGGUGGACAGUAUAAUACCAGGGCGUUCGGUUCAUCCGGAUCGUGCAGUGCACGUCUUACUUGACUUCUCUUUAGACCUAAACUCUUGCUGCAAUACGACGACACAUAAUUAGGAAUUGGCACCUUGAAAGGUUUGUUCAGUAUCUGACGUAUAAGGUUCUCGUGUUCUGAAGCAGACAUAGCUUGAGAGGCGGAUUUUUGAGUCAGAGGGAUUCUUGCACAUUCGCGCCGUUUACGUUUAGCCGAAUCGAGCAAAGGACUCUUGAAGACUGCAUCACCAGCGCCUAUUUGGCUAGGCGCUAAGCUGCGCCUCAUAUUUAAGUAGUAGAAAACAUCGACUACGUUAAAGAAAUUAAUAAACAGAAAACAUUUUAUAUCUAAUAAAAACUCUUGAAUCCGAGAAUUCCGGUGUUUGUUUUUGAUUUGAAUGA